ACAUGGCUGACGAGGCAGGGGAAGUAAACACAGCUGUUACAGACGGGGAAGAAAAACAAGAACAAGAUGACGCCAAAGUUUCGGAACCAGCGACUAACGGGGAGCCCGACGGAAGCAGCGGGCAGGACUGGACCGAGACGUCGGCUCCGGCGGUGGCGGAAGAGAACCGCUGGUCAGCUCCACUCCUGUCUCUGGCUCGUAAGGCCACGGAGACGAUUAGCAGCGGAAUGAGCUACGCUGCUGUCCCGAGAAAGUCCUCACUGGGAUCCACUGCGAGCUCUCCGACCGAGAAUGAGCCCGAAAGUGAUCUCAGUAUCACCGGGAAAAAGCUUCCAGUUGUGCCCCCCAAAGAUUCAAUGGCGAUCGAAAGAUCCAACCUCCUCAGCAUGAUGAAGCUGAGCAUCAGAGUCUUAAUUCAGUCCUCGAUGAGUCUGGGCAGGACGCUUGACUCGGAGUAUCCUCCUCUGCAGCAGUUUUUUGUUGUCCUGGAGCACUGCCUCAAACACGGCCUUAAAGCCAAGAAAUCCUUCAUUGGACAUAACAAGUCGAUAUGGGGUCCACUGGAGCUGGUAGAAAAGUUAUGUCCGGAGUCUGUCAACAUUGCCACAAGUGCUAGAGACAUGCCUGGAAUUAAGACUGGUUUGGGGAGAGGAAGGGCUUGGCUGCAUUUGGCGCUUAUGCAGAAGAAAGUAGCCGACUAUAUGAAAGCCCUGCUGGACCACAAGGACCUCCUGAGUGAGUUUUAUGACUCUGGAGCGUUGAUGAUGGAGGAGGAGGGCUCGGUAAUGGUGGGACUGCUGGUGGGACUCAAUGUAAUUGAUGCUAACCUUUGCAUUAAAGGGGAGGAUCUGGAUUCACAGGUGGCAGUUAUUGACUUUGCCCUUUACCUGAAAGACUCUGCUAACAGUGAGACUCCAAAAGAUGAUGCCAAGAUGACAGCCAUAUUAGAUCAGAAGCACUACAUUGAGGAGCUAAAUCGUCACCUAAGUGGCACCGUCACUGACCUUCAGGCUAAGAUGGACUCUCUAGAGAAGACUAACAGCAAGCUCGUAGAGGAGCUGACGGCAGCAACAGACAGAAUUAACUCUCUACGGGAAGAACAGGAACAGUUGAAAAAGGAGAAUGAGACAAUUCUGCAGUCCAGCCAGCGAAAGGAAGAGGCAGCACUUCAGGACAGCCAGGCAGAGCUGGAGACAUACAAACAGACUAGACAAGGCCUGGAUGAGAUGUACAAUGUGGUGUGGAAGCAGUACAAAGAGGAAAAGCGCAUUCGCCAGGAUCUGGAGCGUGAACUGGAGCUGCAGGUGGGGCUGAAGCAGGAGAUGGAGGUGGCCAUGAAGCUGCUGGAGAAGGACACGCAUGAGAAACAGGACACGCUGGCAGCCCUACGGCUCCAGCUUGACCAAGUCAAGACUCUUAAUGUGCAGAUGUUCCACAAAGCUCAGGAUUCGCAACGACAAGCAGAAAAAAAGCAGGCAGAGGCCGUGCAGCUUGAGCAGAGGAUGAAUGAAAUGGAGGAUGCCAUGAAGGAACUCGAGCAGAGACUGCAGAGGUCGGAGCAGGAACGCAAACAGAGCGACCAGUCAGACAAAGACAUGAAGGCAGCCCUACAAGGAAAAGUCGACGCUUUGCAGAAACAGCUAACAGACCUCGAUACACUAAGGCUCGGGUUGGAGAAUGAGCUGCGCAGUGAGAGGGAACAGAGGCAAAACUUGCAAAAAGCUCUCCAGCGGGAACAGGACAACAGCGCUGAACUGCGCACACAGCUGCAGCAGCUCCAGGGCCUGCACUCGGAGCUGCAGGAGUUGAAACAGGAGAAGCAGCAGCUGCAGCAGACGUGUGAGCAGCAGGAACAGGCUCUACAGGAAAUGGGACAUCAUCUCAGCCAGUCUAAACUCAAGAUGGAAGAUUUCAAGGAGGUCAACAAGGCCCUGAAGGGCCACGCUUGGCUGAAAGACGAUGAAGCCACUCAUUGCAAACAAUGCCAGAAGGAGUUCUCCAUCGCACGUAGAAAGCACCACUGCAGAAACUGCGGAGACAUCUACUGCAACAGCUGUUCCAGUAACGAGCUGGCCUUGCCCUCCUAUCCGCGGCCUGUGCGAGUGUGCGACAUGUGCCACUCCCUCCUGCUGCAGAGGAGCUCCUCCACAGGUUCCUGACGACGUACCCACAGGCUUAAAUGUUUCUGCACACGCUCUAACACUGAAUAUACUUAUCCACUAUGAAUUUAAAUGCUCGUGUUAUAAAAAAGAAAAGGUCAUCGAAUCUGAAGCAAAUGCGAUUUGGUGUUCCAUUGCUAGUUACCUGAAAUUCAGGCAUUUUUACCUGUACUAAAAAUGGUCACCUUUAACAUUGAUGUGACAAACUAACACGUAGUUUAUGCAGACUGUAUGCUGAGGAGACUGUGCCUAGACAGCGAUGUUUCUCUGGGUUGGAUUAAGUUUAACAAAUUUGGUAAUCUCUCUUGAUAAACUGACCUUUUGAUAUGUGCAGUUUUUCUAAUCUGACCUGUGAGUGUAUUAUGUUGAGGUAUUGUUGGGAUUUCAGCUUUAGCUGAGAAUCUCUACUGUUGCUGGUUUAUAAUAUUCACAGAAUGUAAAUGCGCACCCCUUUCUUUAUUUAGGAUGAUUUUUCAAAAUAAAUGUAACAGAAAUAACAUGAAUAUUUAACUUUGUUUUAAAAAGAUUAUAUUCAAACUUUUUGAUGAUCCUGAAUAAUAAGAGUGGUGCAUUUUGAAUUCUGAAAGUGGCUUUGAUAUUCAGCUUUAUCAUGCACUUUUUUUUUUGUUUAACAGCUCUAACUCCACUGCUGGAUACAUGCAAAAUUGUGUAAAUGACUGUAGAAUGUUGACAACAAAAAACUAUUUUAGAAUGUAUUCUAUCAGGGUUUUAUGGAUUACGUCAACUGCUACAAAACCAUUUUCUUAAUUUAGGAAUGGUGACCAAAUUUUUUUUUUUUAACUCUAGAUAUUUGAUAAAUCAAUAAAGCCUUCUGUUUUUUUC